AUGGACGCCAGCCACCGCACGCUGUCUCAUGCCAGCUUCCCGGGGGAGGUGCGCUCGGCGGUGUCGUCCCUGCUCCUGUCCCCGGCCGGCGCCAGCACGCUCGACACCGUCUUCUCCCACCUCCCGCCCCCGGUCUCCAUCCCGCCGCUCGGCUCCAGCGUCUACUACCGCCAGUGCGAGCUCCUCCGCUCCUUCGCCGCCACGCAGACACAACAUCACCAAACCUCCGCCGCCGCCGCCACUUCCUCCUACUCGGCCGCGAGUUUUCCUUUUCCCGGCGUGGGGCAUGACGGAGCGGCGUCGCUGGGGAAGACGAAGACGUACCGCGGCGUGCGGCAGCGGCAGUGGGGCAAGUGGGUGGGGGAGAUCAGGCUGCCGCAGAACCGGGUCCGCGUCUGGCUCGGCACCUACGACUCGCCAGAGACCGCCGCGCACGCCUACGACCGCGCCGCGUACAAGCUCCGCGGCGAGUACGCGCGCCUCAACUUCCCCGGCGUCAUGGACAGCCCCGGCGACGACAGCUGCCCCGACGCCCUCCGGCAGCUCCGCGACUCCGUCGACGCCAAGAUCCAGGCCAUCCGCGUGCGCAUGGCCCGCAAGCGCGCGCGCGUCAGGCGGCUGCGCGAAGAGAGCAAGCAGAGCAGCCAGAGCGCAGACGCAAAGUCCGCGCCGGCCGCAGCCGUGCAACCCGUCGCCUCGGAGAGCGCCGCCACGUCAGAGACGACGGCGCAGUCAUCGUGCGGGUCGCCGGAGGGGGCGCUUUCCGUGGCCGACGCCGAGUGCUCGCUGGAGCGGAUGCCAUCGUUCGACCCCGAGCUGAUCUGGGAGAUGCUCAACUUUUCCAGUGCCGACUUCCCGGCGUCGUUUUGUCGAUCUGCUCCUGUGUGCGCCCCGCUGCCAACACUCACAUGAGGAGCAGGAGGAGCGACCAUGGCGCCGUCGGAGUGGGUGGCCCAUGCCCAGACGUCGACAGACUUGCUGCCGGCCCCAGGCACCCGGCUGUUGUGCUCGAGGUUCGCCAUG